AUGUCUCAGUACAGCCAUCUGUCUACCAUUGACCCCGAGUUUGCGGCCAUCGCUGAUCAGUUGUCGCGCAACCCUCCCGUGGACGAUGUGGUAGCUCGCCGGAGACCAACCAAUGGUAUUCUCCAAGAAUAUCUCAAAUCUUACCUCCCCGCAGGCAAGUUCGCUCUCACACUGUAUUAUUAUUAG